UCCCUUUGUUGUGCACCUCUCUCUUCUCUUUGCAGCCUGCGAAGAGAGAUAGAGAGAAACAAAAGGCUCUCUCUCCUCUCCUCUCCUCUCCGUAAACGCAAAAAAGGAUCCAAAUCUUCGAUCCCCUUUUUCUCUUCAUAAUUCCCGAAUCCUCCAUCUUAUAUAUAUAUAUAUAUAUAUAUUAUCUUCCUGUUUUUUCUGCCGAUCCGACGGCCGCCGAUUAUCUCUCUCCGUGAAAUAUUGCGUUAUGCCGGAAGAUCAUACGGUGAUAAGCUUGAGACCAGGUGGCGUUGCUGGUACCCGAGGCAGCAGAUUCGCUUUCGGUCUUGGUUUCACUCCUUCGUCUGAUUCAUUGCCUCUGCGCUCCCAUGGGGGUUUCAAGGUGGGGGACUUGCGGUUUGAAGGUCGUGAGUGCAUUCAGUAUACACGAGACCAGCUGUUGCAACUUAGGGAGGUUGCUGAUGUAUCCGAGGAUAUUUUAAAGAUCAGACAAGUUAUUGAGGCCGAGUUCGGUGAAGAUAAAAGCUGGGUUCAUGGAGAUGGCAAUCUGCAGUCUCAAUCCCAAAGUCGUCAUUUUGAGCCAGACAAUCGUGAUUGGCGUGGUCGGUCUGCACAUUUGCCUGCAUCUGGAGAGGAGAGAUCAUGGGAAGCUCUUCGAGAAAAUCAGGAAUUCUCUGGUAGAUUCGAAUCCAGACCUCAUGAAGCAAACCUCCGUCUGGACCAUCUGAACUCUCAGUUUGCAGGGGCUCAAAUCUCUUCAAAUACAGGGGUGGGACCUGCCCGUGUUCUUAUCAAGGCUGAAGUGCCAUGGUCAGUACGGAGAGGGAAUUUAUCUGAGAAUGAACGUGUCUUGAAGACUGUGAAAGGUAUACUGAACAAAUUGACCCCAGAGAAGUUUGAUGUUCUCAAGGGCCAACUGAUCGAUUCUGGAAUCACAACACCUGAUAUUUUGAAGGGUGUGAUCUCACUGAUUUUUGAGAAAGCUGUGCUGGAGCCAACAUUUUGUCCCAUGUAUGCUCUUCUUUGCUCUGACCUGAACGAGAAGCUUCCUCCUUUUCCAUCUGAUGAACCUGGUGGGAAAGAAAUUACGUUUAAGCGAAUUCUCCUGAAUAAUUGCCAGGAGGCAUUUGAAGGUGCUGACAAUCUGAGGGCAGAAAUUAGGCAGAUGAUUGCCCCUGGUCAAGAAUUGGAACGCAGGGAUAAAGAAAGAAUGGUCAAACUGAGAACGCUUGGAAACAUCCGUCUUAUUGGAGAACUUCUUAAGCAAAAGAUGGUACCUGAAAAGAUUGUCCACCACAUUGUUCAGGAGCUUCUGGGACCUGAUCCUAAAUCUUGCCCAGAUGAGGAAAAUGUGGAGGCAAUAUGUCAAUUCUUUAAUACUAUUGGUAAGCAGCUAGAUGAGAGCCCAAAAUCUCGGCGAGUCAAUGAUGUUUAUUUCAGCAGGCUAAAGGAAUUGACAGCAAACACCCAACUCGCACCACGGUUAAGGUUUAUGGUCCGUGAUGUUCUUGAGCUGCGGGCCAACAACUGGGUCCCUAGACGCGAAGAGGUGAAAGCGAAGACCAUCACCGAAAUCCAUUCAGAAGCAGAGAAAAAUCUGGGUUUACGUCCGGGUGCAACUGCAAACAUGAGAAAUGGUCGUAACAUGGGGGCACUUGGGGGUACUGUGCCUGCUGGUGGCUUUCCUGGCUCUGGGGGAAUGAUGCCUGGUAUGCCUGGUAUGAGGAAGAUGCCUGGGAUGCCAGGACUUGAUACUGACAAUUGGGAGGUUCCUAGACCUCGAUCAGUGGCGAGGGCUGAUGGUUCAGGUCGUAGUCAAUCUGCUAGACAUCUCCAGUCACCUUUGAUUGGCAAAUCUACACCCCUCAAUUCAAAAUUGUUACCCCAAGGCAGUGGUGGUUUCAUAACUGGAAAGACCAGUGCUUUGUUGCAGGGAAGUGGUGGACCUCUUAAAAAACCUUCUGGCUUUGUUUCAGGAGUUGAACCCAUAAAUGAAAACCCCAAGUCUGUUGCUCCUGCACCGUCUGUUGCUCCUGCACCACUUGCAAGUCCUCCUGAUAAGCCGCAGGCUGCUGCGACAAAAUUGAACCCUGCAGAUCUUCGAAGAAAAACUAUUUCCCUUCUGGAGGAGUAUUUUGGCGUUCGGAUUCUCGAUGAAGCAUUGCAAUGUGUAGAGGAGCUGAAUUCUCCGUCUUAUCACCCUGAGGUCGCCAAGGAAGCCAUUGCCCUAGCACUGGAAAAGAUCCCACCUAAUGUAGAACCGGUUACAAAACUUCUGGAGUUCCUGUUGAAUAAAAAAGUUUUGACAGCCAGAGAUAUAGGUACUGGAUGUCUUCUCUAUGGGUCGAUGUUAGAUGAUAUUGGGAUUGAUUUGCCAAAAGCACCGAAUAACUUUGGUGAGGUAAUUGGAAAAUUGAUCUUGGUUGGGGGUGUGGACUUUAAGGUGGUGACAGAAGUUUUGAAGAAAGUGGAAGAUGAUAGGUUCCGAACAGCUAUUUUUGAUGCUGCUAUGACGAGCAUCAAUUCUAGCCCCUCCGCACAAGGGGUUUUGGCAGCACAUGGAGCUGAUAUCCAGACUUGUAAAACUUUGCUCUCUUGAUUCAAGGGGAAUGUUGCCCCAGUCUAUCAUUGAAACUGGUCUUCAUGUUCUGCAACUGGGAGAGCUCAAACAAUGGUGGUUAUCUUUUCCUUUCAUACUUCCCAUCCAAUUUUUCUUCCGUUACAAUUUGUGAUCAGAGAACCUGAUAGCGGUCUAUAAUUUUAUUGAGUUGUAUAUUUUUCGAGAUCUUUUAUGGAUUUGUUUAUGAGGAUUUAACAAAAUGCCAUCGGUAUCUCGUCUCGUGUUCAGGCUAAUAUUUUCCCGGGAAUUUUAAGGUGAAAAGGCUCCUUUACAUAAUCCAGUUGUUACAUUAAAUUUUGAAUUCACGUGUAUUGUUUAAUUUUUAUGCUAUCCUAUUGGUACACCAUCAUUCUAUUUUCACUUCU